CCUGUUCUCAGUCCCCAUAAAUAAGUCACGGGCCCAAGGAGAACCCUAGGGCAGGUACAGAGGAGGUGGUGGGCGAGAAGGUGCCAGAGAAAGGCACCAGGGACAGGAAGGGCCGAGAUAAAGCGGGGAGGUUCUGCUCAGGGGCCAGCGAGGAGAGGGAAGCAGGGCAGCGCUGUGGGCGCGUGUGGGCGCUGGCCCACCCCGACGUGUGCGCGGGAGCUCGGGGGAGCGGGCCGCAGGUCCGCGGAGGUGCGCAGAGGUGGGCACGGUGAGCCAGUGAGUGCCGGGAAGGGGCAGCCGGCAGAAUGAUGCCCCAGAAGAAAAAGAGGAGAAAGAAAGACAUCAACUUCCUGGCCCUGUAUGAGGAGGAGCUGCUGAACUAUGCCUCGGAGGACGACGAGGGGGAGCUGGAGCAUGAGUACUACAAGGCCAGAGUGUACGAGGUGGUCACAGCCACAGGCGAUGUUCGUGGUGCAGGGACAGAUGCCAAUGUCUUCAUCACCAUUUUUGGAGAGAAUGGGCUCUCUCCCAAGCUCCAUCUUACCAGCAAGAGCGAGUCUGCCUUUGAGAAAGCUAAUGUUGAUGUGUUCCGGGUGAGAACCAACAACGUGGGCCUCAUCUACAAAAUCAGGAUCGAGCACGACAACACAGGCUUGAAUGCCAGCUGGUACCUAAACCACGUGAUCGUGACCGACAUGAAGCGGCCUCACCUCCGUUACUACUUCAACUGCAACAACUGGCUAAGCAAGGUGGAGGGUGACCGCCAGUGGUGCCGUGACCUGCUGGCCAGCUUCAACCCCAUGGACAUGCCCAGAGGUAACAAGUAUGAAGUCAAGGUGUACACUGGUGACGUCAUUGGUGCGGGGACUGAUGCUGACGUCUGCAUCAAUAUCUUUGGCGAGUAUGGAGACACAGGCGAGCGUCGGCUGGAGAACGAAAAGGACAACUUUGAAAAGGGAGCUGAAGACAAGUUCCUACUGGACGCCCCGGAUCUGGGGCAGCUCAUGAAGAUCAAUAUUGGCCACAACAACAAGGGCGGGUCUCCAGGUUGGUUCCUGUCCAAGAUCAUCAUUGAAGAUAUUGGGAACAAAAGAAAGUAUGAUUUCCCUCUUAACCGCUGGCUGGCCUUGGAUGAAGAUGAUGGCAAAAUCCAGAGGGACAUCUUCGUGGGCGGAGCUGAGACCACAGCCAUCUCUUAUAUUGUGACCGUCUUCACUGGGGAUGUCCGGGGCGCUGGGACCAAGUCCAAAAUCUACCUGGUCAUGUACGGGGCCAGAGGGAAUAAGAACAGCGGGAAGAUCUUCCUGGAGGGUGGAGUGUUUGACCGUGGCCGCACAGACAUCUUCCACAUCGAGCUGGCUGCCCUGCUCAGCCCCCUGGGCAGGGUCUCCAUCGGACACGGCAACGUGGGCGUCAACAGAGGCUGGUACUGUGAGAAGGUGGUGAUUCUGUGCCCCUUCACUGGCAUCCAGCAGACCUUCCCUUGCAGCAACUGGCUGGAUGAGAAGAAGGUAGAUGGGCUGAUCGAGAGGCAGCUGUACGAGAUGGUGUCUCUCAGGAAGAAGCGGCUAAAAAAAUUCCCGUGGUCCCUGUGGGUCUGGACAACCGACUUGAAGAAAGCUGGUACCAACUCUCCUAUCUUCAUCCAGAUUUAUGGGCAGAAGGGGCGGACAGAUGAGAUUCUCCUGAAUCCCAACAACAAGUGGUUCAAACCCGGCAUCACUGAGAAAUUUAGGAUUGAGCUCCCAGAUCUCGGCAGAUUUUAUAAGAUUCGGGCAUGGCAUGACAAAAGGAGUCCUGGUUCCGGAUGGCAUUUAGAAAGGAUGACCCUGAUGAACACGCUGACCAAGGACAAGUAUAACUUCAAUUGCAAUCGCUGGCUGGAUGCCAAUGAGGACGACAACGAGAUCGUUAGGGAAAUAACUGCUGAGGGUCCAACAGUACGGAGGAUAAUGGGCAUGGCACGGUACCGCGUGACUGUGUGCACAGGGGAGGUCGAAGGUGCGGGAACCGAUGCCAACGUCUACCUCUGCCUUUUUGGUGACGUGGGGGACACGGGGGAGCGACUGCUUUACAACUGCAGGAAUAACACCGACCUGUUUGAGAAGGGCAACGCCGACGAGUUCACCAUCGAGUCCGUCACCAUGCGGAAGGUGAGGCGGGUGAGAAUCAGACACGAUGGCAAAGGCAGCGGCAGCGGCUGGUUCCUGGAGCGCGUGCUGGUGAGAGAGGAGGGGCAGCCGGAGAGCGACAACGUGGAGUUCCCAUGUCUCAGGUGGCUGGACAAGGAUAAGGAUGAUGGGCAGCUGGUCCGAGAGUUGCUGCCCAGUGACAGCAAUGCGACAUUGAAGAACUUCCGCUAUCACAUCAGCUUGAAGACGGGAGACGUCCCUGGGGCCAGCACAGAUUCCAGAGUCUACAUCAAGCUCUAUGGGGACAAAUCUGACACCAUCAAGCAAGUUCUCCUCGUCUCUGACAACAACCUGAAAGACUAUUUUGAACGUGGCCGGGUGGACGAGUUCAUCCUGGAGACCCUGAACAUUGGAACCAUCAACCGGCUGGUGAUUGGGCAUGACAACACGGGCUUGCACGCCAGCUGGUUCCUGGGCAGCGUCCAGAUCCGCGUGCCCCGCCAAGGCAAGCAGUACACCUUCCCUGCCAACCGCUGGCUGGACAAGGACCAGGCAGACGGGCGCCUGGAGGUGGAGCUGUACCCCAGCGAGGUCGUGGAGAUCCAGAAAUUGAUCCACUAUGAGGUCGAGAUUUGGACGGGGGAUGUGGGCGGCGCAAGCACCACGGCCCGGGUCUAUCUGCAGAUCUAUGGCGAGGAAGGCAAGACAGAAGUGCUCUUCCUCUCCAGCCGCUCGAAAGUUUUUGAUCGGGCAUCCAAGGACACAUUCCAGCUGGAGGCGGCGGACGUGGGCGAGGUCUUCAAGAUCCGGCUGGGCCACACGGGCGAGGGCUUCGGGCCCAGCUGGUUCGUGGACACCGUGUGGCUGCGGCACCUGGCGGUGCGCGAGGCGAGCCUCACAGCCGAGGAGGAGGCGCGGAAGAAGAAGGAGAGGGACAAGCUGCGGCAGCUGCUCAGGAAGGAGCGUCUGAAGGCCAAGCUGCAGAGGAAGAAGAAGAAGAAGAAGAAGAAGGGCAGUGAGGAGGAGGAGGAGGGGGAUGAGGAGGAGGAGUCCUCAUCGGAGGAGUCCUCGGAGGAGGAGGAGGAGGAGACGGAGACGCAGGAGGAGGAGGAGGAGGAGGACGAGCUGGGGCCGGGGAUGCAGGAGGUGAUCCAAGAAUACAAGUUCGAAGCCCACCGCUGGCUGGCCCGCGGCAAGGAGGACAAUGAACUGGUCGUGGAGCUGGUGCCCGCGGGCCGAGGGGGUCCAGAGCCCAACACCUACGAGGUCCAGGUGAUCACAGGGAAUGUGCCCAAGGCUGGUACCGAUGCCAACGUCUUCCUGACCAUCUAUGGCGAGGAAUAUGGGGACACGGGCGAGCGGCCCCUGAAGAAGUCGGACAAGUCCAACAAGUUUGAGCAGGGGCAGACAGACACCUUCACCAUCUAUGCCAUUGACCUGGGGGCCCUGACCAAGGUUCGGAUUCGCCAUGACAACUCGGGCAACAGACCAGGCUGGUUCCUGGACAGAAUCGACAUCACCGACAUGAACAAUGAGAUCACGUACUACUUUCCAUGCCAGCGCUGGCUGGCGGUGGAGGAGGAUGACGGCCAGCUGUCCAGGGAGCUGUUGCCAGUAGACGAGUCCUAUGUGCUGCCACCAAGCGAGGAUGAGGAGGGCGGGGGAGGUGGUGACAGCAGCCCGCUUGACAACUUGGCCCUGGAGCAGAAAGAUAAAUCUACCACAUUCUCAGUGACCAUAAAGACUGGGGACAAGAAGAACUCGGGCACAGAUGCCAACGUCUUCAUCACGCUCUUUGGCACUCAAGAUGACACUGGAAUGACCCUCCUGAAAUCCUCCAAGACCAACAGCGACAAGUUUGAGAGGGACAGCAUCGAAAUCUUCACAGUGGAGACCCUGGACCUGGGAGACCUGUGGAAAGUCAGGAUCGGCCAUGACAACUCAGGCAAGGCUCCGGGCUGGUUUGUAGACUGGGUAGAGGUGGACGCCCCAUCUCUUGGAAAGUGCAUGACGUUCCCCUGUGGCCGCUGGCUGGCCAAGAAUGAAGAUGAUGGGGCCAUCGUCAGGGACCUCUUCCACGCAGAGCUUCAGACAAGGCGGUACACACCAUGUAAGGAAUCUUGCAUGGCGAGCCUGGCCCUCCUCCUGGACCCCAUCACCCACCACCCCAGCUUGGUCCCAAUCCCUCAUCCACUGUUGACCUUUGUCCAGACUCACCUUGUUGUCCCUUAUGAGAUUACCUUGUACACCAGUGACAUCUUUGCUGCUGGGACAGACGCCAACAUCUUCAUCGUCAUCUAUGGCUGUGAUGCCGUGUGCACCCAGCAGAAGUAUCUGUGUACCAACAAGAGGGAGCAGAAGCUGUUCUUUGAGAGGAAGUCUGCCUCCCGCUUCAUAGUGGAGUUAGAAGACGUGGGAGAAAUCAUUGAAAAAAUUCGGAUUGGCCAUAACAAUACAGGCAUAAAUCCUGGGUGGCACUGCUCCCACGUGGACAUCCGCAGGCUCCUCCCAGAUAAAGAUGGCACAGAGACCUUGACCUUCCCUUGUGAUCGCUGGCUUGCCACCUCGGAGGAUGACAAGAAGACCAUUCGAGAACUGGUCCCUUACGACAUCUUCACUGAGAAGUACAUGAAAGACGGGUCCUUACGGCAAGUCUACAAGGAAGUGGAGGAGCCUCUGGACAUUGUGCUGUACUCGGUGCAGAUCUUCACAGGAAAUGUUCCUGGGGCAGGGACGGACGCCAGGGUCUACAUCACCAUCUACGGGGACCUCGGGGACACCGGAGAGCGGUACCUCGGCAAGUCAGAGAACCGCACCAACAAGUUCGAGAAAGGAACGGCCGACACCUUCAUCAUUGAGGCUGCCGACCUGGGCGUCAUCUACAAGAUCAAGCUCCGCCACGACAACACCAAGUGGUGCGCCGACUGGUACGUGGAGAAGGUGGAGAUCUGGAACGACACCAACGAGGACGAGUUCCUGUUCCUGUGCGGGCGCUGGCUGUCCCUGAAGAAGGAGGACGGGCGACUCGAGAGGCUCUUCUAUGAGAAGGAGUACAGCGGGGACCGGAGCAGCAACUGCAGCAGCCCCGCGGACUUCUGGGAGAUCACGCUGAGCUCCAAGAUGGCGGACAUCGACGUCGCCACCGUGACGGGGCCCAUGGCCGACUACGUUCAGGAGGGCCCGGUCAUUCCCUACUAUGUGUCCGUCACCACGGGGAAGCACAAGGACGCAGCUACCGACAGCCGGGCCUUCAUCCUACUCUUCGGGGAGGAGGAUGAGCGCAGCAACCGCAUCUGGCUGGACUAUCCCCGAGGGAAGAGGGGCUUCAGCUGCGGCUCCGUGGAGGAGUUCUACGUCGCGGGCUUGGAUGUGGGCAUCAUCAAGAAAAUAGAGCUGGGCCAUGACGGGGCCUCCCCCGAGAGCUGCUGGCUGGUGGAGGAGCUGUGUCUGGCUGUGCCCACCCAGGGUACCAAGUACACGUUGCACUGCAACUGCUGGCUCGCCAAGGACCGCGGAGAUGGUGUCACCUCCCGUGUCUUCGACCUCCUGGAUGCCAUGGUGGUGAACAUCGGGGUGAAGGUGCUCUACGAAAUGACGGUGUGGACGGGUGACGUGGUCGGUGGUGGCACUGAUUCCAACAUCUUUAUGACCCUCUACGGCAUCAAUGGCAGCACAGAGGAAGUGCAGCUGGACAAAAAGAAGGCCAGAUUUGAGCGGGAGCAGAAUGACACGUUCAUCAUGGAAAUCCUGGACAUUGCUCCAUUCACCAAGAUGCGGAUCCGAAUUGACGGCCUGGGCAGCCGGCCCGAGUGGUUCCUGGAGAGGAUCCUCCUGAAGAACAUGAACACUGGAGAGCUGACCAUGUUCUACUAUGGAGACUGGCUGUCCCAGCGGAAGGGCAAGAAGACCCUGGUGUGUGAGAUGUGCGCCGUCAUCGACGGGGAGGAGAUGAUGGAGUGGACCUCCUACACCGUCUCAGUGAAGACCAGUAACAUCCUGGGAGCAGGCACAGAUGCCAACGUGUUCAUCAUCAUCUUUGGGGAGAACGGGGACAGCGGGACCCUGGCCCUGAAGCAGUCGGCCAACUGGAACAAGUUUGAGCGGAACAACACCGACACAUUCAACUUCCCCGACAUGCUGAGCCUGGGCCACCUCUGCAAGCUGCGGGUCUGGCAUGACAGCAAAGGGAUAUUUCCUGGCUGGCACCUGAGCUAUGUGGACGUGAAGGACAACUCCCGCGACGAGACCUUCCGUUUCCAGUGCGACUGCUGGCUCUCCAAGAGUGAGGGCGACAGGCAGACGGUCCGCGACUUUGCCUGUGCCAACAAUGAAAUCCGCGAUGAGCUGGAGGAGACCACCUAUGAGAUCGCCAUAGAAACCGGCAACGGAGGCGAAACCAGGGAGAACGUCUGGCUCAUCCUGGAGGGCAGGAAGAACCGAUCCAAAGAGUUUCUCGUGGAAAAUUCGUCUAGGCAGCGGGCUUUUAGGAAGGGGACCACAGACACAUUUGAGUUUGAUAGCGUCUACUUGGGGGACAUUGCCUCCCUCUGCGUGGGCCACCUCGCCAGGGAGGACCGGUUCAUCCCCAAGAGAGAGCUGGUCUGGCACGUCAAGACCAUCACCAUCACCGAGAUGGAGUAUGGCAACGUGUACUUCUUUAACUGUGACUGCCUCAUCCCCCUCAAGAGGAAGAGGAAGUACUUCAAGGUUUUCGAGGUCACCAAGACGACCGAGAGCUUUGCCAGCAAGGUCCAGAGCCUGGUGCCGGUCAAGUACGAGGUCAUCGUGACAACGGGCUACGAGCCAGGGGCGGGCACCGACGCCAACGUCUUCGUGACCAUCUUCGGGGCCAACGGCGACACGGGCAAGCGGGAGCUGAAGCAGAAAAUGCGCAACCUGUUCGAGCGGGGCAGCACCGACCGCUUCUUCGUGGAGACGCUGGAGCUGGGCGAGCUGCGCAAGGUCCGGCUGGAGCACGACGGCAGCGGCCACUGCUCGGGCUGGCUGGUGGAGAAGGUGGAGGUCACCAACACCAGCACCGGCGUGGCCACCAUCUUCACCUGCGGCAGGUGGCUGGACAAGAAGCGGGGCGACGGGCUCACCUGGCGAGACCUCUUCCCUUCCGUCUGAGGGCCGGAGGCCCUCCCUCCCCCCUCCCGCCAACUUGUCCCGCCCACACCUGCCACCCCCCCCCCACAUUGGCUUUCAGCAGUCCUUUGCUGAAAGCCUCCUGGAGCUGGGAUGGGGGCCCAGAACUCCGUGGUCAUUCAGAGGCCACUGUGGGUGACUGCUUGUGGGGUCCUGCCCACUCCUGGGUCUCCUGGAUCGACAGGAAUCCAACAACACGUGUCACAGUCCGAGGCUGCACAAAAAUAACUUUGGGCAUUUUCUCUUUGAAUAGCAGCAGUGAACUGGGCUGAGACUUGCUGCCGGGUGUGGAUGGGAAACUGGGGCUUCACCCAGGGGGUGGAAGUGGGGAAGGAGAGACCGUCAAGAUGAUGUAUUUUAGGCAAAAACUAAUUAACACUUUUUUCCCAAAAAAGCUGGGCUAAUUAAAUUAUUACCAACCACACCCUGCAAAGAACUCAUCUUGGCAUCUGCUCACUUAGAAAUGCAUCCUGUCCCCCAAGUUCAAUGAAUCCCGUGGCAAAUGGAGAAAAACAUCAGGAGGAAGUGUUUCAGCUGGGGGCCUUGUGAGCCUGAGAAGGGUACAUGGCUCUUUCCAUCACUGUACGAAGAGCGCAUUGCCAAGUGCCCGCUGGCUGCCCCAGCCAGUGAUGACACAGUUAAGACCUGGAGACCUGAGCAGGUGAUGGAGGUUGGAGGGGAGGGGUUGGAGGGGUGGUGCCUGGAACAGCCUGGUCCCUGCUGCAGCAGGCUGGGAGGCGGGGAGGGGAUUGGCGUUGUUUUUGCAAGUGUCACCUGUGGCUCACCGUGGGCAAUGUGGACUGAGAGCUGACAGGAAUCAGAACAAAAUAAAGAUAUGAUUUCUGCCCUCAAGAGGGAUGUGACCCUGAUGGAGAGGCAGCGGGAGGAACCACACUCUCAUGUGCCUGCACACACACACACACACACACACACACACACACAUAUGCACACGCACACGCACACUCCCUGAGGGAUGAUCACAGCAAGAGUGCUACAGGACUCAGCCCCUGACGUCUGAAUUUCCUGCGGAGGGCGAGACGCGACUGAGCAGGAAGCUACGUCAAGCUCGGAAGUCUUCCUGUAAGAGGACACCCAGUACCAGAGCUGCUGCUGUGUCACCACGAGCCUCUGGCCCAGGCAGGAAACUUAGUGAAGCUUUGUGGCCUCCAACCAUUGGAGAAAGGCUGCAGCAGAAAGUGC